AUUCAGUUCCUGAAAUGAUGACUUCUUCUUUCUGAUCCUCUCUCGUGCAAAGAUAGACCAUGAAACGGGAUCUUUAGGCUUUAUGUUUAUGAGCAGAGUGUGUUUUCUUGACUUUUGGAAGGUUUCAGGUGUUCUGCAGCCUACAUCAUCGCUGCAAAUAUGGAUCAGGUCACGCCAACCACAGAAGAUUACUGGACCUAUGAUGACUAUGAGAAUUACACCGAUUCCCCUAACGUAGGCUUGAGUGCUGCCCCCUGCCUCCAAGACAACAUCUACAGUUUUGCGCAGCGAUACACUCCAGUUGUGUACUGCCUGGUUUUCAUCCUGGCUUUUGUGGGCAAUGUGCUGGUGCUGUGUGUAAUCCGGCGUUACCGAAACUCUCAAAGCAGCGGAGCUUGUGCCUUCUCCCUGACUGACACCUUCCUUCUUCACCUGGCUAUCUCAGACCUCCUGCUGGCCUUCACCCUGCCCCUGUUUGCAGUGCAGUGGGCUCACCAGUGGGUGUUCGGUUUGGCUGUUUGUAAGAUCUCCGGGGCCCUCUUCUCCCUUAAUCGCUACAGUGGUAUUCUGUUCUUGGCUUGCAUUAGUUUUGACAGAUACCUGGCUAUAGUUCAUGCCAUUAGCUCUGGCUGGAAGCGCACCACCUGCCAUGCACAGUUUGCUUGUGUCAUCAUUUGGGUGGGGUGUCUCGGCCUGAGUGGAGUGGACAUUACCUUCAAACAGGUAGUGGAGGUGAACACUCAAGACCAGCAGAGACUGCUCCUGUGCCAGGUGUGGUUCCCAGAGAACUCCACUCAGUGGCAGGUGGGGCUACAGCUGCUCAGUGUGGUUCUAGGCUUUGGACUCCCCCUGCUGAUAAUGCUCUACUGCUACAUCCAGAUCUUCAGGUCACUCUGCAACGCGACGCGCAGGCAAAAGCGUAAGUCCCUGCGCCUCAUCAUCUCCCUGGUGGCUGUGUUUGUCAUCUGCUGGGCGCCGUACAAUGCCUUCCAGCUGGCAGACAGUCUGCUGAGGCUGGGUGUCAUAACUGGACAUUGCCAUUUAGGCCGUGUGCUAGACAUCGGGACUCUGAUCACUGAGAGUGUGGGGCUGUCUCACUGUGCCCUGAACCCUCUGCUGUAUGGAUUUGUGGGGGUGAAGUUCAGGAGGGAGCUGGUGCAAAUGUGCAAAGAGCUUCUGGGACAUCAAGGAUGGCGGGGAAUGGGCGGAUGGAGGCCAAGGAGAAGAACCCAAAGCUCAGUCAUGUCUGGAGACAGUGAAAACACAUCCUACUCUGUCAUGGGUUGAAGCUGGUUCAAGAGACAGGAAGGCAAAAGAAUGAGGAGAGAUAUGGACAAAAGUAUAGGGACAUGUUGAAUCCAGGUGUUUCUUUUCUAACAGGGGUCUUGGCUACAAAACAAUAAUGAUUAAUGUUAUAAUGUAGUUUUAUAUUGUGAUAAAUAUCGU